AAGCAAGUUUAUUUGACUGGUAAUUUUUGUACAAAUCUUGAAUACUGAGACCAAGUUCUGGACGUGAAUGCUGUCCGGUCGCCUUGGAACAUUGUUGCUUGCACGAUUUCUUUGAAUGAUAUGGUACUGUAUGCGAUUUGCACCAACGAAAGAACAAUGAGAAUCUGAAAUUGCUGGGACCAGGAUAGUUUGCAUUUGAAUAUCUGACUAUGGACUAAUGACUGUAGAUGAGUAACUGAUUGAGAGCAACCGUGCCAAAGUGAAUGAUCAUGAGUACUACUAAUGAUGAUGCUAAUCCAGAGGAACAGGAGUUUCCUUUAAAUCCAUUAUGCUUUGAAUGUGGCCAACAGCACUGGACAAGAGAGAACCAUCUGUACAAUUACCAGCAUGAAAUGGAUGAUGACCUCGUUUGUCACAUUUGUUUGCAGCCUCUACUGGAACCACUGGAUACUCCCUGUGGACAUACAUUUUGCUACAAGUGCCUCCGUAAUUUCUUGCGAGAGAAGAACUUCUGCCCAUUGGACCGUAUAAGUCUUCAUUUUAAACUGUGCAAAAGGUCCAGCAUUCUUGUUCACAAACUUUUAGACAAACUGUUGGUGGCUUGCCCUUUUGAAAGUAACUGUCAAGAAGUGAUGCAACGCUGUGAUUUGGAGGCGCAUCUUAAACACAGGUGUCAUGGAGCAUUAAACCAUAGAGCUGCUUUACAGGUACGCAGAUCUUGCAGGUUACAAACUGAGAUUGGAAAGGACAGCAAUUCCACUGUGGCAGGGCAACCAAAGAAUGAAUCAUCAGAUGCAGACCAAUUUAAGACUGUAUCCCAGUGUUGCCAUUUCAGUGUUGCUUCAGCAGCAUCCACUUGUGCAGAUGAGCAAAGCAGAGAGAAUCCUGUCUUUGAAGGAAACACAGAGGAAAACACACUACCAAAGCAAGCUAGUCUGCCUGAAGGAGAGGUUGCCAAUAUUGAAAUCCACAGAGCCAAUCCCUACAUGGAGCUAGGUCUGAGUAUUGUAGGUGGAAAUGAAACCCCUUUGAUAAAUAUCGUAAUUCAGGAAGUUUACCGAGAUAGUAUCGUUGCAAAAGAUGGAAGGCUUCUUUCUGGUGAUCAAAUAUUGCAGGUAAAUGGUGUUGAUAUCAGCAAUGUACCUCACAACUAUGCUAGGUCUGUGUUUACACAGCCUUGCUCUACUCUACAUCUCACUGUUCUAAGGGAGAGACGCUUUGGUGGUCGAACAAGUAUCUACCCUGAUGGCAGCUGCAUGAGAGAAAAUGGCUUACAUGUGACUUUGUUUAAAAGAGACUCUAGUGAGCAACUUGGUAUUAAGUUAGUUCGUAGGACAGAUGAAACAGGCAUCUUCAUCCUGGACCUUCUGGAAGGUGGUUUGGCUGCCCAGGACGGGAGAUUGUGUAGCAAUGACCGGGUACUCGCCAUAAAUGGACACGAUUUGAAGCAUGGAACACCUGAAGUUGCAGCUCAAAUUAUACAGGCCAGUGGCGAGAGAGUUCAUUUUGUUAUCUGUAGAACCACAAAUGAACAGCUUUCUAAUGUUAUUCGAGAGUCAGGAUCUCUCACAAGUAAUCAACAUUUGCCCCAACACACACAGCUCCUGUAUCACAGCAGACUGAGUUCUCAAAAGGACCUGUCCCAAUGCGUUACUUGUCAAGAAAAGGAGAUCCAUGUAAAGAAAGAGCCUCAUGAAUCUUUAGGAAUGACAGUAGCAGGAGGACGGGGCAGCAAAAAUGGUGAAUUGCCGAUCUUUGUCACCAGUGUACAGCCACAUGGCUGCCUCUACAGAGCAGGGAGUAUCAAACGUGGUAAGACUACACACUGGCCAGAGCUCCACAGAAACUUCAUUGGAGAUGUGCUACUAAGCAGCAAUGGUAUUGACCUAACCUGUCUGAGUCACAGUGAAGCCGUGGCCACGUUAAAAACUAGUGCCACUUCACCAGUUGUUAUACUAAAGGCACUGGAAGUACAAACUGUAGAAGAACAGGAUCAAGUUGCAGAUGAGCAACUCAGCACAAACACUGAGAAUGAACAUGAUACCACUUGGUCACCAUCAUGGGUCAUGUGGUUAGGAUUGCCAAGCUCCCUUCAUGCUAGUCAUGAUAUUGUCCUCCGGAGGAGUAACUCAGGAAGCUGGGGCUUUAGUAUUGUUGGUGGUUAUGAAGAAAAUCACUGUAAUCAGCCAUUUUUUAUAAAAACAAUUGUAUUUGGGACACCAGCUUAUUAUGAUGGAAGAUUGAGCUGUGAGGUACUCAUGGUGUUGUUGUAUGUGACGUUAGACUGGCCUAUUUCCCGAGUUUGCACCUCUGUAGUCACCAGGGCCCCACCUUCUACUUCAUCUGGAGAUCAAAGAUGGACCACAUCAAAAGGGAUACCAUGUAUAAAGCUCUGGAUAAGAUGGAAAUAACAUACCCAACACCGACCUCACUCUGGCCACAUUUGUGUGUGGCUUCAUCAAGCUGUGCAUAGACCCUCAGUAUGCAAGCACCAAGUAUCAAUAUAUACUGAGAUUCUAUCUGUCUCUGGUUUUACGAAGAAAGAGCUUGGCCUUUUGCCACUUCAAGUAGUGGGAUCGUUCCAUGUCACCUGCCCUAAUUGGAAAACUUUGUAAAGAAAAACACGUUUGACCAUACGUCUAUCAGGCAGUGGUCAGCACAUUAGAAUCAUCAAGACCCUGCAGAAAAAGGAGAGGGAGGAUCCUGUUGGGUUGUUCCCUGAGCAGACUGUCAAAGUCAUUUGGUAGAAUGUCUCAUAUCAGAAUUUUCCAACAAGCAUCAAGUCAUCACUUGGCUGAUGCUGAGAAGGCCACUACCCGUGCAAUCCUUCAUGCAUGCCAGAUUUUCUCCGCCACUGCGUGCUACCCUCAAACCAUCUGCUUCUGGAAUUUGUCUUUGCAAAGAAGGAGAAUAAUGCAAUGGCUUUUGUUGAAGUAUGUGCCAAGCAGCUUCCUGAUCCCGGACUCUGUGCUCUACGGCCUGUUCCCUGGGACACACACCAGGACAAAUAUCAAAUAUGCUUGGAGAACUAUCACCUUGGUGAAAAACUGUGAUCUUUCCAAUGCAAAGAGUUGACCUUGACAGACUGUUGCAGUCUGGCACAUUCCGUGGUCCAGGAUAACGUGCGAAGGACUCAUUAAAGCUUGGGGCAGCUACCACCACAGUCUAAGGUCUUUCUGCCAAAGUUCAGUGGGAGUCUGAUCAGUUAACAGGACUUCCCAGUGCAUGAAAUGUAUGUAAAUAUCGUCCUGCAUACGUAAGAAAUGACUUGGUUUUUUUUUUGCAAUUACAGGCAAUGCCAAAUUUCAAUGUUUGUUAUUCAUGUGCAAAGACUACAGAAAUGCUUCAGUAACUGUGUACGUCUAUAAAGUUUUUUUGUGAAUAAAGUAUAUUUUUAUAAUAUAAAAAGUAGCUACCUCCUUGAGGUGUACUCCUGAAUCCUGGAAGCUGUUAUGGAUCUGUGUCAAUCAUGAAAAAUGCUGAGUCAGUUGGGAAUGACUCCGUAUGAAUAAUUCAUCAAAGCCACCAGGGUACUGUGCACAGAUUUGCAAAAAAACCUUCUGUGAUUACAAAUAACCUGCACAUUCAGGAGGUGGAAGGACUUUUGGUUAAUGAAGGUAUCAAGUUUGUAAAUCAGAGCUCUCAAAAUGACAAGAUUGCAAGGGAAGCCUGCUAAAUAGAACUUGUGGCUGUUUGCAUCUACAACACGAGCAAGUCAGUGCACUCUACCAUCUGAGAACAAAUGACAUCAGUGAAUCAGUGACUCCUUGAUGCUACAAACCUAAAGUUGAUCUAAUAUUAAUGAAAUGUAUAUUGAAUUCAUAUCAUCAUGACAUAAAAUGCCUUAAUGAAAUGUAUUUUCAAUUUUUUAGCUUGUUAGUCUGCAUAAAAGUAAAGUUUUUUUAUGAAUUAAUGCAAAUGUUUCUCCCACUUACAUCACUCAGUCAGUUAUAUGAAAGAAAGAACUAUGGAUAUUGGAGAUCUGAAACAAAAACAGAAUUGCUGGCAAAAUUCAGCAGGUCUGGCAGCAUUUGAGGGAAGAAAGCAGAGUUAACUUUUCAAGUGUGGUGAUUCUUCUUCAGUCAGUAAUAUUAUGUUGGCGCUUUGCAUAUGUUCCAAAGAACAAUGUAACUUUCUAUUUGGCAUCAUCUAUCCAUGCUCAUUAUUACAAACUGGGCAUGUAGUGAUCCAUGGGCUGAGAAGUGGCAGAUGGAA